CGCAUCGUUUCUCAGCUUCCUUGAAAAGACAAAUCAGCACAUUGCAUGGCUUAACGUAACGAACGGGAUCCGGUGUGGUGUGUUAUACUACAGUUCCACCAGGCAGUCCUCGCCUCCCAUGUGCACCCAGUUGGAUAUCAUAACAGGACGGCUAGAGACGUUCAGCACCACAGUUGAGGAGAGCUCCUAUUCUGCCUCCCUUCACCUCAUUAUUUUUCCUGUGCAGGUAGCGAAGUGCUCAUCAAGCAUUUACUGAAAAACUAACGGAGGCUAAAUAACUAACGAAUCUUUUCGACUGAAUAUGUACCAGGGGCAUUUGCAGGGGAAAGACUCUAGGGUUGUUGCCAUGGUGCUGAAGGAGCUACCAAGUAAGGCAUCCUCAGAAGCAAACGCCCUCCUCACCGUGACAACCAAGCUGGCGAGUGAGCAACAAGAGAGCCGCCCCCUUCUGAGCCCGUCCAUCGACGACUUCCAGACGGAGACUAAGAGUGAUGGAGCCAGCCGGCCGGUCACCUCCAACACAGCAGUUCUGUCCACAGCGUUGGACUUAGUGGACCUGAGUGAGACCACGGAGAGGAGAUGGAGCUGGGACCGGCGGAGCCCCCUGGGCGCGCGGAGAGAGGGACGCAGGUGCAGCCCGCGCCGCAAGAAGCCCGACGAGACGGAGCUCAUCCAGGUGGAGACGGAGCCACUCUCCCCCGGACCUCUGAACCCGGAGCGGAUCUCUCUGGACUCAGUCAGCGGGUCGUCUCCCAAGGAGAGGUGGGAGGAGGUGAGUCUGCGGCCCGACAGCGCCUUAAACGGACCCAGGAAGUGGAGAUACGAGAAGAAGAGGUGCACUUCGCACCACUCCUCCAGCGAGAUGCUCUGGUCGGCAGAGUUCAAGACGGAUCCGUCCAGCAAGCAGACCCUGGAUCUGAACAUGAGCACCGAGUCUGACCCUGGACCCUCUCCUCAGCAGAGGCAGAGGCUGGGCAGGUCUCUUCUGGCCAGGAACGCAUCCCUGGAGGAGGAAUUUGUACGAGCCAAGGCAGCCGUGGAGUCAGACACAGAAUUUUGGGAUAAGAUGCAGGCAGAGUGGGAGGAACUUGCCCGCAGAAACUGGCUGGACAAUCCAGACAAUGAAGGUCUCAUUCCGCUCAAUGUGUCGCCCAAUGAGUCGGGUUACUAUUUUCAUACCAAUAAUCCAUACAAGGAAUGGCCCAAUGCUUUUGAGGAGGCUCUGCAGAAGUGCAGGGAGGGGGAUCUGAACACCGCCGUGCUGCUGCUGGAGGCUGCCAUUCUACUCGACCCACAGGACUCUGAGGCCUGGCAGGUGCUGGGAACCACACAGGCGGAGAAUGAGAACGAGCAGGCUGCCAUUGUCUGCCUCCAAAGAUGUCUGGAGCUUCACCCAAAUAACCUGACCGCCCUGAUGGCACUGGCCGUCAGCUUGACCAACGCCAGCCUGCAGCAGGACGCCUGUGAGGCUCUGCACCGCUGGAUCCGGCACAACCCCAAGUACCGGCACCUGCUGCAGAACCGCAGCCCGCUGGACGGCUCGCCCCUGCCCCAGCGUCGGGGCUCGCCUAUCUCUCCGCUGGCCUGCUCCCAGCUGGUGGAGGUGAAGGAGCUGUUCCAGGAGGCCGUCCAGCAGAACACGGAGGAUGUGGACCCAGACCUGCAGACGGGCCUCGGCGUGCUCUUCAACCUCAGCUCCGAGUUCGACAAGGCUGUGGACGCCUUCAACUCGGCCCUGUCAGUGCGGCCGGAGGACUACCUGCUGUGGAACCGGCUCGGGGCCACACUGGCUAACGGGGACCGCAGCGACGAGGCGGUGGAGGCCUACACCCGCGCCCUGGAGCUGCAGCCCGGCUUCAUCCGCUCCCGCUACAACCUGGGGAUCAGCUGCAUCAACCUGGGCGCUCACAGGGAGGCUGUGAGCAACUUCCUGACCGCACUGCACCAGCAGAGAAAGAGCAAGAGCCACCAAAUCAUGUCCAGUAACAUCUGGGCUGCCCUACGCAUCGCCCUGUCUCUGAUGGACCUUCCAGAGCUCCUACACGCAGCCAGCCUUGGGGACCUGGACCUUCUCAUGAGAGCCUUCAAUGUGGACAUGUGAUUGCAUGGGCUCCACGGAAACAGGUCUGGAACACCAGCCAUGACCCCAAUACGAACUCUAUUUCCCACCAUGCACUUUUAACUUGGUUGUUGGCCAUGAGAGAGAGGAGGACACAUGCAGCAUGUCCCUGUGGGAAGCUUUGACAUUUGCACAGUAUGGUGAAUGCCACAGAUGAGCACAAGACAGGGGGUGGAGUUGGGGGGGGAGGGGGCUGAGAGGUGAGAGCCAGUCCACCACAGAGGGAAAGCACAAUGUUAUUCUAUGAUACGACCAUUUUCUAAGGUCAUUAGGGUCAUUAGAUGACUAUAAAUGUUGCAUAACACAACAUCAAUAUAUCUAUUUUUUGGUCUUACUUAAAAGUGUACACAUAAAAACUCUAGUUACUCUAGUGGCUCACAGAUAAGUGUCUGUGGCUCCUUGACAACACAGACCUCACAUUCCAGUGAAGAGAAACUCUCCAGUGGAGCACCUGCAUGGCAGACCCAUGGUCCACUACAGGAACCUGAAAUUCAACACUCAGAAUUCACAAAGCUUUAGCAUGGAGUCGCUUUUAGCUCCACUCUGGCUGAUGUUAACUGGACGAGCAAUGGGAUUACUCAGUGGAGAGCAAUGAGUAAUGUAAGUCAAAAAGCCUGUCCUCUACAACUUUAACUCAUACAGUGUCAAAUGACUUUAUGACAUUAUUUAUUUUGUCUCCGUUGAAAAACCCUCAAUGCUACUACUUGCAAGCCUCAAGCCUUUCUUAAUCUGAUCUGUGGGUGUCCUUGGUGAAGGGCCCUUUGUGCCAUGUGAGGGUUCUUUAUGAGCACAGGCCUGGCACAGAAAUGUUUUGAAGCACCUAUGAACAACAUUGUUUCUCUAAGAAUAGAGCCAGUCACCCUCUCAGGCAGCCGUGACUCGCUCCUCGGUAUGAUGCCGCACACUCUCAAAACACCCCAACAGGGUGUGCCCUUGAUGCCAUCUGAUCUGACUGUCGGUGUGCACCUGUCUGAUGUAAGGGACAAACCAACUCAAUACAAAGAGGGGAUCAGGCUCAACGACGAGCACCAGGGGAAAUGUGAUUCUCCGGACCGAAACAUUUCUGUUCUGACUUGAGAUUAACAAGUCAUGAUUAUACACAUGUGAGGAAUGGUAGGGGAUAAGACACUUGAUGAGUUUGGUUCAGUGAUCUGCAUGAAUGAUUGCCAUGUUUUUAGAUGACGCAUGAUUUUAUUCUCCCUUAAAAAAUCCUAUGCAAAGAUCCUUUUUUUUAAUUCUGUCUUUAGCUAAUUGGACCAAAAAGCACUUAUUUUCGAAGGUAACCCGUCUUGAGACAUUCCUUGGAUGUUUUGAAAUUAUGCUAAGUGACUAUGCACUGGACAGUGAGGGGUUUCCCUUUUCCAGUGAUAUUUUUGAGCUAUUGAAAGUGAGCAGAAAACACAAAUACUUAACCAGAAUAUUAAACAUAUUUCAGAUGUGAAACCUCAAUGUUACUGAUAAGUUUCUUCUGCAUUUUAUGUUUGAGAAAUAUUUCUGCCUGUGUUCUGUAACAUCAGAGUGAUCUCAUCAACAAAAAUGUUAUUAGUUUGCAUGUAGAAAAAGAUAUGUCUUUAUUUGAUGCUGCACUUUUUUGCUCCAUCUUGAAAUUCUAUGUGCACAUCAUUCCAAAUGCACAAAAGGAUAUAGAAUGUUUGUUGAAACAUACUAAAAGAACUAUUAUAUAUCUGUUAUGGUCAAAUGUCAGACACCACAAGUGUAGUUGAAGGCAUUUUCAUUACAGGUUGCGUAUGAUACCGUAUUAACCAAAUGCAGUAUAGUAACAUUCUAGGUACCCAAUACAGGUCCUGACCCCUAAGACUAUAGUCUAUAGUCCAGCUGUCCACACAUGUAAAUAUUAUCUUGUUGUGUGUGUGUGUGUGUGUGUGUGUGUGUGUGUGUGUGUGUGUGUGUGUGUGUGUGUGUGUGUGUGUGUGUGUGCAUGCAGGUUGGCUUGCUGGCUUGUUUUCCCAUAGAUAUAGCUUUUAGAAUAAUCUAAAAUGUAGCUAAUGUUUUAAAAGGGAAAACAUAAUUUCAUCAUAAUCACUGAGAGUAAUAAACGAAUACAAUAGUUUUGAUGAUGAAAUAUUAAAUUAUACUAAAAUCUUUUACAUCUUUUACGUCAAAUUUACUGGGUACCUUUCAUCUGAAACAAUUUAGUUAAUCUGCAAUGUCAUGCAUAUUCCAGCAUCAGGAUACCUAUAUCAAAUUUUACAAUUGUUAAGUGUGUGCAUGUAUACCAACAACUGAAUUUCUCAAAUAUCACUUUCCUAUAUAAGUAGCCUACUUCUGUACAGGCAACUAUAAAUAUCUGUAUGAACUAAAUGCUUAUUAAACUAUUAUAAUA